CGCGGUCCUGGGCCGGCGUCUGCAGCCGCGAUGCGAGCGGUGGCGGCGCCCGCCCGUUCCCCUCGGCUCCAGGAGGAGCCUCAUGGGAGUCGGAGUCACAGUGAACCAAAGGGUGAUGCCUGAAAAAGCGGUCGCCGGCGUGCGGCCUAAGACCACGGCCGGAAGGUGUUAAACAAGUGCCGCCGCUUGGCAGGAGCCCAUCUGUGGACUAGGACAUGCCCUCGGUCCCAGCAGAUUAGGUGUCGUCACGAGCACCCUCUGUGCCAUAGCACACUGCGUGUGUCUGGGGGGGCAGAGAUGACGGAUGGGGGCAUAGUGGGCUCUUGGGGUGUAACUGGCCAGUGCUCUCUGCUUGGCCCUGAGUCCAGCCUGCCGGGUCCCCUCUCUGGGACCUUUGCCAGUUACCUCGCCUCUCUGCCCGUGGUCCUCCCCCCGCAGAGGAGGACACCGAGUGCUGCCACAGGGUCCCACAGUGUGAAGGUGACGGAACCCACGCUUCAGUAGGAGCCACACAGGAAUGCUCAGCAAAGGUUCAUUUCGUUGUGUAGGGUUUUUAAAAUGUUUUUUACUUUUUAAUUUGUGCGAUUAGGGUAACCUUUGUUUUGGCGCCUUUCAGAUUAUGUUUCAGGUUUUUUCCAAAAUCAAAACAGCUAAAAACAAGUGGUACUAGUCCUGCUCCUGCAGGCCCCCGGCUCAGCCCCGUGGCGCCCCCUACCACGGGGGAGGCCUUGGUAUCCAUCUGGCCCGUGCUGGGGGACCUGAUGACCCCACUCCCAUGGUCCCUGCCCCCACCGAGCCCAGAGAAGGGAUGAAACAAGACCUAGGUACCCGGUGUAUAAGGAAAUGGUGGAGGCAGAGAGGUUUUAGAGGACUGGGGUGGGGCCCGUGUGCCGGGCACUAGGUGACAGACGAAACGUUCAGAGGACUGAGAUGAACUGUCACAGUGAUAGCAUCUAGCUCAGUGGUUCACGACCGAGAACCAAACUGUUGAGAAGGGACUCAGGCCGUGCCAGUGGGCCUCUGACACCUCCCUGCCUUUUCUCUGGGAAGCGAGUGUCUGUGGCAGGGGGCGCCCGACAGAGCUGGUCUGGGGAUUGAUGGGCAGUCAGCCUGUGGUCAGUGCUGGCCGUCGUCAUGACUGUCAUCUCGUGUGCAGACGGCUCCACUGGAUGCAGAAUGCAGAGCUUCCUGAAGCUGCUGCAGGGGAACAGGGGUGCUGGCCCACCCUUGGAGGAGCUGGUGACCCUCACAGGCAGGCUGUGCCGGGACCUCCAGGAUGACCCCGCCCAGGUGCAGCCCUUGGUCGCAGCUGUGCUCGACAGCCAGUUCCGCUUUCACCUUUUGGAGAACGUGGAUGUGGCCCUGGUGUGUGCCCGCGCGCUGGCCCAGCAGGAGCAGCACCAGGCCGCCUGCCGGCUGCUGGAGGGUUGCCGGGUUCCAGGAGGCAGCCAGGAGCUGGUGCGGCUGUGGAAUGACAUUCACUACGGGCUGGUCAUGAAGAGGCGGGGUGUGGCCACGCUGACCCCAGUGCAAAAGUUCCGCUGCAGGAAGAGGAACCCGCCGCCCCCCUCCCUCUGCCCUGAUGGCCUGAAGAGCCGCAACUUCCCCAGAGAGGUUCGCCAGAAGUUGCAUGACUUCGCCUCGGGUGUGAGCACCAACCCCAGCAGGGCUGAGCGGAUGCUCACUGAGCACCUGUUGCGGCCAGACACGGGGUACCAGGAUCAGAUCUACAACUGGUUUGCCAAUUACCGGCGGCGCCAAAGGGCCGGCCUCCUGCGCGCCCGGCCAGCGGCGGGGGACACGUCGGAGGACCCCGGUGCGAGCGGGGGGCGCCUGGAAGCCCCGCAGCCCUCACGCCACCGCCGCCUUGGCCCCGGGAGUGCGGACAGGCCUCAGUGGCCAGGAGGCGAGGAAAGGGGUCCUGCACAGCCCACAGAGACCACCACCCAAGGGCCAUGGGAGCCUCUUGGCCUGACCUCGGACUUUGCUGGAGAUGAGACUAUGCCAAAGCAACUGACUCCCAGGUCUCUGCAGGGUGGUGAGAUGUACCAGGAGGGGCCUGGCCACGAUCCGGCCACUCUCCCCACCGUCUGCCCUGGUCCUGGCCUCUGCCCUCUGGCCGUCGGUGGCAACAAGCCGGGCCCUAGGUCGUGGCCGGUGUCGCUUGCACUGGCACCCUCCAAGGAAAUUCCCUUUCGGACUGGUCAGCUGGGCCACAGCCCGGGGCUGGACUUCCUGAUGCACCCUGGAGACGCCGCCAUGGCCGUGUCCGUCGCCACCCUGGCUGAGCCCAGGCCCACAGGAUUCUCUGACCCAGCCGUCAGUGACCCCCAGAGCACAUACCUGGAGGAGGGUCCGGGCGCCAGCAUUAGCCAGACACAGGGACAGGUGGGCAGCUUUCUGGUGACACCGCCACCACCGCAGGCUCCCGAGUUCUCCCAGAGUGUCCCGGAGCUGGCACCAGCCCCAUCCGCCUUCCCCGGCCCUGUGUCUGCUGUGGAGCCGAGCCAGCCCCUGCCCUCCAGCCAGGUGCAGUGGCCCAACAGCCAGGCCUCCAGUGAUGCCUUCUGGGGGGCCAGGAUGCUCCUGGAACUUUCGGGGGGCAGCCUGGGCUGAGCUGUCUCUCAGGAGACAGGCCAGUGCCCCGGGGAGCGAUGUGCACAUCGACCAGUCAAGACAACUUACAGUUUUAUCUCAGCUGAAGAAAGGAGGUCCCCAAGUUCCCUGGGCGGUGGGUCGGGGGUCCGCUGAGAGGUCCUGGUGGCUGCUGGGUCCUGGGAAUGUUUAGGUAGUUUGGUUGGCACUCCUGGCACGGAGGAAGCAUUUGGGAAAUGUUCAUGGGGUCAGAAGCCAAAGGGGGCCGUCCCGCUCGGGAGCAGGUUGCGGCUGUCAAGGCCUUUCUGGAGACAGGAGAGUGUCCCGCUGCCGGCCACCCUCCCACCUGCCCUUGGACAGGGCUGAACGGACCCUCCCAGCUGACCUGGUGAGGGGGGCGUGGGCAGCCUGAGCGCUUCUGUCUGUGGAGCUUCUGCCAGAGGCCCUGUGUUUGGGCGGCCCAGGCAGGGAGG